AAGUAAUUUUAUUGUUGGUAAUUAGUUUCAUUUUAAACCUAAGUGGUUAUUUGGCAAAGGCAUUUCCAUCACAUUGUUUUCUGAAAACAAAAAUAAUUUUUUUAUAUAUAACUUGACCGAGAACAAUUCUUGUUAUAUUUAAUAAAAUCUCAUUGUCUGCAUUGUUUUAAAAUAGUAUCAAUUAUUUUUUGCAAAGUAAACAAUCAUGGCUACACGGAUCAAGCCCUGGGCAAAGCCUCUUUCUAUUCGUCUUUUGAGAAAAGGAUGUGCUAAUAGACCAUUCUACCAUAUAAUUGCUGUACCAACAGAUGAUCGCUGUGUCAGUGAAGGAAUUGAACAACUUGGUGUGUUUGAUCCUAUGCCAAAUGAAUAUAAUGAAAGACUUUUAGCCCUUAACGUUGAAAGGUUCAAACAUUAUGUUGCAGAAGGAGCAUGGAUCAGAUCAUCCACAGCUAUGCUUUUAGGAACUGCAGGAGUUUUACCUCUCCAUCCUCAUUCAUUAACAUUAGCAUGGAGAGCAAGACAACGACAGUUAGAAGCUGAAAAGAAAAGUAAACCUGAAAAUGAAGACAGUGAAAACUAAUUUUUGAAUUACUAGAUCUUUAUUCCAUUUGUAGUACCAUAUAUUUAAUUUAUACAUAAUAUUUUACUGUACACACUUUAUGAUAUGAAAUUGUAGCAUUUUCUAAAAAUGCAACAAUUGAGAUUUGAUAUGUCUAAAUGCUUCAUUUGUUUUCUAUUGCUAUCAUUCAAGUUCAUGCAUUAUAUAUUUUUUUCAUGCAUUUUAACUGA